AUGUCUCGUGAACUCAAAGUAUUGCAGAUAAUUCUUGUUCUGUUGGUUACUCUGUCUUUAUCUACAACCUACUCCAAUGGCAAACUGAUCCCGAAGGGAGCUGCAGUUUUCGACUCGAGCGGUUUCGCCAUUUUGACCAACACCACGAAGCAUUCCUACGGCCAACUUGUGAACCACGAACCCUUUUACAUGAAGGACGUGAAUUUCAGCAUCGACUUCCUCUUCGGAAUCGUCCCUGAGCAUAACCACUCUGCCUCACACGGUAUGGCUUUCGUUCUCUCUCCUACGAGACACCUUCCCGGAGCUUCCUCCGGUCAGUACCUCGGGCUAUUCAACGAGACAAACAACGGUAAUGCCUCGAACAACCUGAUAGCUAUCGAGUUAGAUAUACACAAAGACCAAGAGUUUGGCGACAUUGAUGAUAAUCAUGUCGGGAUCAACAUCAAUGGCUUGAGGUCUGUUCUCUCUGCUCCUGCUGGUUACUAUGAUGAUAAAGACGGAAGCUUUAAGAAUCUUUCUUUGAUCAGCGGAAAGGUGUUGCGGAUUUCGAUCGUUUAUAGCCUAGUAGAUAAACAGCUCAACGUCACCUUAUGCCCUGCUGAGUUCUCUGUUCCGCCGCUGAAACCGCUCUUGUCUUUAAACCGAGAUCUCUCCUCGUUGCUUUUGGAGGAUAUGUACUAUGGCUUCACGGCAUCUACUGGAUCCACAGGAGCACUUCACUAUAUGUUGGCCGUGUUCAGUACCGACAACCCCGAGAAUCCACUAUGGGAUCUUAACGCAAUCCCUGUCCUGCCUCCGUAUCCCAAGAAACCAUCUCAUACAGCAAGGACGGUUUUGGUGGUCUGCUUAACGCUAUCGGUGAUCGCUGCGUUUGUGGCCUCGUGGAUCGGUUCCGUCUUCUAUCUGAGGCAUAAGAAGGUUAAAGAGGUUCUUGAGGAAUGGGAGAUUCAGUAUGGACCUCACAGGUUUGCUUAUAAGGAGCUUUUCAAUGCAACGAAGGGUUUCAAGGAGAAACAGCUUCUUGGAAAUGGAGGCUUUGGUCAAGUCUACAGAGGAACGCUUCCUGAGUUUCUAAGGACAGGAAGAGCAACUACGAGCACUGAUGUUUACGCCUUUGGGUUGGUUAUGCUUGAAGUAGUCUGCGGUAGAAGGCUGAUUGAGCGACGUGCAGCGGAGAACGAAGAAUUUCUUGUGGACUGGAUACUAGAGUUAUGGGAAAAUGGGAAAAUUUUCGAUGCGGCUGAGGAAAGCAUACGUCAAGAACAACACAGGGGAGAGAUCGAGCUUGUUUUGAAGCUUGGUGUGUUGUGUUCGCAUCAAGCUGAAACGAUUAGACCGGAUAUGAGUGCGGUUAUGCGGAUGUUGAAUGGCGUUUCGCAGCUUCCUGAUAAUCUUCUUGAUGUGGUGACGGAUGAGAGAUUGAGAGGACGGCCUGAAAUAUCAAUGGAAGUACUACUUGAUAUGAAUUCAAUGAGUAGAUUGACGUUUACACAUUCUUUCAUCUCCCAUGGACGUUGA